GCGAAUAUUCCACUGCGCUAAUUUGUUCUUCCCGGGGAGGAGAUGGAGGACGUGAGCUUGGAGCUCGAGGCAAUGGAUGCCGUGUAUCGCCACGAUUGUAGGAUUUUGCAGCGAUGGCCUCCUCAUUUGGAGGUCCUUCUCAAGCCGCGCACGGCGGACGAGCUUCCUUUGCAGUUUGUGGAGAUUGUUCUCUCGAUCAAGGCAGGCGACAAGUAUCCAAGCCAUCCCCCAAAAUUCGAGCUUGUGCUUGUCAAGGGAUUGGAUGUGUCUCGGCAGAUCAAUCUCCUCACUGGCCUGGAGCUGGAGGCAAAUCGUUUGUCCAACGAGCCGAUGCUGGUCACAAUCUCAGAGUUUGCAGUGGAUUUUUUGACAUCAAACAACUAUCCGGAAGGAGAUUGCUGCUUUUGCUUGUUUCCUUUGGUGGAUCCUGCAUUGGAUCACGCUCAUCAACAUUACAUGAAGCUCAUGUCCUGCUUCCAUUGCUUCCACAGUGAUUGUUUCUCGGACUGGUGGAAGUGGCUUCCUGCAGACUCCACUGCGUCUUGUCCGGUUUGCCGGGCCGAGAUUCACACGCAAGACGUCGCUCAUGUAAAAGAGAUAUGCUCGAGAGGAUCAACUGUUGGCGUUGAAACUCGAGGCGAGCCAGAUGAAACGGCAGUAGCGGUGGUUCUCUGCGAGCAAAUGCCAGAAGUUUCACAUUCAACCGUUUCCACUUCUAGCGAUUCGUCUGAGUGGGCACAACUUCCUGUCUAUGACACCCAUGCGAGCCAUCGAAACAAGAAGAAACACUCGGCGCAUGCAGCAAAGAGGCAGUGGCUUCGCAAGCAAUCUGGCGAAGAAUUCAGAUAGAGAGCAGAAGAAUAUGAUACAGACUUUUCGGCAAAUCGGACGCUGCGUCUAGCGUCACGAACCGGGGAAGAAGAAGUGAAGCUCAACAACGCUACUCACGAAUUCGUUGAAAAGCUAUAUCGCUACAUCGCCUCGUUUUUCUGUUUUUUUCUUUCAGUCAUGGCACUGCCGACGUAGGAACGAUCGCAAUGGCUAUGUUGCUUACUAUUCUCAGUAGAGACAACGUGUGUUGGAAUGCCAUAAUCACAGCAUAUCCCAGGCUGGGCAUGUCUCUUACGUUUUUACAA